CGAAGGGGGCGGUCCCCUUGCGUCUCCCGGCGCCGCACGGCCCUCGCCAGGAGACCCCUGCUCUAGGAGCUGCCCAGUGCCUUCCUUUCCGCUCCCAGGAUCUGGAGCUGCCAGCUCCCGAGAGCCGCUUCCCCCGCAGGCGGCGCGAUGGGCUUCGGGAACUCCACCGCCACCCGUGCCUGCGCGGGCCAAGGUGCAGGACGCAGGCUGGUGGCUGGGGGCCUGAGGACUGCAACAUGGAGGCGGUGGGGAGCCCUGCAGGGCCCGCCUCGAUGGGAGAGGCCAGGAGAGAGGCACCAGGAAGGAAGUGUGAGCUGAAGUUUGGCACUUGCCAUCAGCUUCUAGGUGGAGUAAAACAUGAGCCAGGGCAGCUUUGGUCCCUUUGGACCCUUUGGUCCCCGGUCUCCUGAUGAAGACGACUGGCCAGAGUGCCCCGACGGGGUGCCUGUGAUUCCAGCCUGGCACAGUGGGUUAAGGAUUCAGCGUUGCUACAGCUGUGAUGUAGGUAGACGCUCUGGUUCAGAUUUGAUUCCCUGGCCAACCAACUUCCAUAUACCACGGGUGCGGCAGAAAUAGUAUUAAAAAAAAAAAAAAUAAAGGAAUGAGGGCUGGUUCAAAUUUGUCUCCAUUCCCUGUUUACUAGAUACGAGCCUAUUCUGUUCCUCUGUUAUCUUAUCUGUAAAAUGGAGAUUAUAGCUUCUACUUUUUAGGACUGUUCUGAAAAGAAAUGUUUAUAUACAUAAUUUUCCAGACUCAGUAAAUACUCAAAAAAUGUUUCCGUAAAUUAACUUUUCACAAAACUAAGCCUUUUACUGUAUAAACAGUAAGAGUCAAAUGUACCACGAUCCUUUGGCCUCCCUGUCGAUUUUGUGCCUACCGUGUAACGGUGGUGGUGUAGCUGCGGCCUAGUGCACAGAUAAAGCGGCCAUAAUCGACCUGAAAAUCAGCCAUGCGGGGAGGUGGAAAGACAAACCGUGCGCUGCUAGCGGGUCCCCGAGCCCGCACUCAGCUCCGCCUCACUUUCAUGAGCAAGUUGAUGACGGACAGCUCUUCUCAGCCACCCAAGCCGCGCCUUUUCUUAGCGCCCCGCCCCCUAAGACUUGAUAGGUAGCUGGCCUCAGCCAAUGGUGACGCACAGGCGUAGGCGUCGUGCCCAAUCAGCGAGUGGGAGCCGGGAAAGGAAUGGGGCCGCGUUAGAAGCGGCUGGCGCGGCCAGAAGGCAGCAGCGCGGCGCGCGGCGGAGGUUUUGGUAUGAACAGGAUUCGGAUCCACGUCUUGCCGACCAAUCGGGGAAGGAUCACCCCAGUGCCCAGGUCUCAGGAGCCCUUGUCUUGUUCGUUUACUCAUCGCCCAUGCUCGCAGCCUCGUCUGGAGGGGCAGGAGUUUUGCAUUAAGCAUAUCCUUGAAGACAAGAAUGCACCUUUCAAGCAGUGCAGUUAUAUAUCCACAAAGAAUGGAAAAAGAUGUCCUUGUGCUGCUCCGAAGCCUGAGAAGAAAGACGGGGUGUCCUUCUGUGCUGAACAUGCCCGUAGGAAUGCUCUAGCACUUCAUGCUCAAAUGAAGAAGACGAAUCCAGGGCCUGUGGGUGAAACACUCUUGUGCCAGCUGAGCUCAUAUGCUAAGACAGAGCUGGGGUCUCAGACUCCAGAAAGUAGCCGAAGUGAAGCCAGCCGAAUUUUGGAUGAAGACAGCUGGAGUGAUGGGGAGCAGGAACCCAUUACUGUGGAUCAGACAUGGAGAGGUGACCCUGACAGUGAAGCUGAUAGCAUAGACAGUGAUCAAGAAGAUCCCCUAAAACAUGCUGGUGUCUACACAGCAGAAGAAGUGGCCCUAAUUAUGCGUGAGAAGUUAAUUCGUUUGCAGUCUUUGUACAUUGACCAGUUUAAACGACUUCAGCAUCUGCUCAAAGAGAAGAAGCGACGUUACUUACACAAUCGCAAAGUGGAACAUGAAGCUCUAGGUAGUAGUCUUCUGACUGGCCCAGAGGGACUUCUGGCCAAAGAAAGAGAGAAUUUAAAGCGUCUAAAAUGUCUUCGGCGAUAUCGUCAGCGCUAUGGAGUGGAAGCCUUACUACACAGGCAGCUGAAAGAACGCAGAAUGCUGGCCACAGAUGGUGCCGCCCAACAGGCCCAUACCACUCGUUCCAGUCAGAGGUGCUUGGCCUUUGUGGAUGAUGUUCGUUGUUCCAAUCAGUCUCUUCCAAUGACCAGACACUGCCUUACUCAUAUUUGUCAGGACACGAAUCAGGUUCUCUUCAAAUGCUGCCAGGGGUCUGAAGAGGUACCCUGCAACAAACCAGUUCCUAUAAGCCUCUCUGAGGAUCCCUGCUGCCCACUGCAUUUCCAGUUGCCUCCUCAGAUGUAUAAGCCCGAGCAGGUACUGUCUGUGCCAGACGAUCUGGAAGCCGGCCCCAUGGAUCUGUACUUGAGUGCUGCUGAGCUUCAGCCCACUGAGAGUUUACCUCUGGAGUUCAGUGAUGACUUGGAUGUUGUGGGUGACAGUAUGCAGUGCCCUCCUUCACCCUUGCUCUUUGAUCCUUCACUGACCCUUGAAGAUCAUUCAGUCAAAGAAAUUGCUGAAGGCUCAGUGGAUGUUUUGGGCCAGAUGCAGAUGGCUGGAGAUGGGUGCAGAUCACAGGGAUUUCGAAAUUCUGAGAAAGCUGCAUCGUUGCCUCAAAGUGGAGUGGCUACUGCAAAUGGGAAGCUAGAAUCCACUUCUGUCAGUUGAUAGUUUGUUUUGGGAACCAGUUGACUUUGGAGGAUUUGUAUUUCCCAGUGUUUAAGCAAGUAUUUCCUGACCAGCUCUACUGAAAGACAACCCAGACUACCUUGUUUUUCCUCUGGAUUAUCAAGUGCUAUAGUCAGACUAAAUAUUGGGGGAAGGGACCAAUAAUGUCUAAAAGAUGUUAGUGUCUUCCCACUCUAGACACAGAAGAGAGAUGAGUGAUUCUUACCCAGUCAGAGCUGCUGGGAUUCAGAGUAUUUGGGACUAUGCCUAAGGGGAAGAGAGAUUUUUGCAAUGCAGUUUCCCAGGUCUUGGGAUAUUUGAUGGACCUGAUGACUGAUUAUCUCUGUCUAGCAGCCUGUGUUUUAGCCUUUCCUUACUUCUCAUCUAACUGGGUAAUCUGAACCCCCUUCCCUCAAUGAACUCUGCCCUAUAGCCUCUGAGAAAAUAGCCUGCAGGUCUGGACCAUCCAUCUUCUAACCUACUGUAAAUUUCUGUAGUGGCUGUCUUAUGUUAAGAUAUAAUAAAAAAUUAUUGUAUAUAGUUUCUAUUAAGUAUUAAAAUGUUAUGAAAAUGUAA